AGCACUUCAAAUCACAGGCGUUAUCGACCAGCCAUUAUCAAUAGUGUUCCCAGAAACAUACACAGUUUUAAUGUUCAACUUUCAGAUGACUUAGUCAGUGGCAGGCUUGCAACUUGUUUCUUAAUGUUAUUAUUUCUGCAAAAGAGCUUACAGCAAAAGUCUGGCUGGUGGAAGAAGCGUGCUAUUAUUCCAGUUGAGACCGAACUAGAAAGUGCAUUGAAGGGAUAUAAAAAAAAAAGCUUGAUUAAGUUCUGACGUGCAUUAGCCAUCUUGCUCUAUUGUCGAUCAUCAAUUCAGUGAUGUCUGGUUGUUUGAAUUCACUAUACGUCAACAACAUUAGGCAUGAGGAGAAAGCCGCAGUUAAGGCGGCCUUGUUGCCUGGGAAAAUUGUACAAGUCUACGGACCUCCUCUGGUUGGUAAAUCUGUUCUAGUGGAUCAGGUUGUUUCGGAGAUGCAGAAUGAUCCAGAAAGAGCGCAUGACGUGAAGCAUUACUCCAUAGACUGUAAAACUUUGAAACGCUGUCAACUCAAAUAUUUGUUCAAGCUGACCUUGGAGAGUAUGGACGAGACUCCAAGAGUUCCUCUCACGAAGCAAGCAGCCACCAGGCAAAUCAACUCUGCCCUGAGGAACAACUUGCUCUCUCACCACGUCUUCGUGUUUCACAAAUGUGAGCAGUUUUGUAGGUCAAGGACAAAACUAGACUUUCAAUUUCUGGAAUUUAUUUGCAGCAUUCUCAACCUGUGUAACCCAGGGAGUCUCAAACUGUCCAUUGUUUUUACUACGUAUGUGAAAUUUAAAGUUUCUUCGCUCUCUAUCGAAGCCAUUAGAGUGGGAAUGCUCAACGAUCCGCUGGACAUUGAACGCUUAUUAAAUCAUUACGGCUCAGAAGAAUCCAACUUAGCAAAGUACGUCAAGAUCAUCCAGCAGGUGCUAUCUUUCCCAGAGGGGAUCAUUAGAACCGCUGUGGAGUUUCUCAGCUCGAGCUCAGAUCUGCCUUCGGCGAGAUAUUUGGUGCAGAUGAUGACCAAGGACCGAGAUUUCCUGGCCAUGAUCCUGAAGAAAAGAUCUCAGGAAGUAAAAGAGUGGUUGAAUGAAAGAGAAUUGAAGUUUGUUCAGAAAUGUCGCCCCAUGUUUUUUCUUACCUAUACCAAAGACUUUUUACAGGAGACCUUUGAGGCCAAGAAAACAGCGCGAGACUGGAAUCACUUUUUUGAUAAACUUCGAGAUAAAGAUAUUCUUCUAGAUCUACCAGAUUUGGAUCGGCUGACCUUUCACCCUAUGGUCAUAUACUACGUCAUGGAUAAAAGUUACCUCACUCGUAGGAUAAAACUACCAUGGAAAACAAGAUUCUUGAUGCAAGUGUUGGUGGAAGGUGAAGAAAGUAUCCAUCAGAUAGGAAGUAGUUGUCAGCACUACAAACACUGGUCAGAGAUCAGACUUCUGUCACAGCAAGCUAUCUCCCAUCCACACGAUGGUUCCUUUGACGCUCACUGUAAGAUUGGAUUUGCUGCUGGGAGGCUGAUUAUGUACACAUUUCCAGACAAAGCCAAAAAGUUCUACAAUAAAUUGUUGAAAAAAGCCAAAGAUCCAGGACUUAGUGCCGCCAUCAAAGCACACUGUGGCCAUCUCGCAGCCUUAGGAACGGAUAAUAACUGGCAGCUUGCGGAACAAACUCUCGAAUCAGCGUUGUUUGUUCUUAAACAGAGAGGCUUGGCUUAUUUCUACAGAUGGACGGCAGUGAGAAAGGGCAUCAUACUUCAGAGACAAGGGAAAAAUCAGGAAGCACUACUAUAUUAUAGUAAAGCACUAAACGACCAUAUACCUCAUCCCUUUGGGGACGUCUUGGAGAGUCUGAAGGUUCCAGAAUUUCUCAUGAAGGAAGAAAAGUACACUGCUGGUAUUUACGAAACUAUUCCUUUAAUAUUCACUGGCAAUAACGAAGAAGCUUUAAAUAAACUACAUCCGAUUCGGGAUGAACUCGAAGGGGAAAGAUAUGUUCACCCCCAUUAUGCUGUUCUCUUAAACAACAUUGGCCUGGCUUAUGAGAGAGAGAAAGACUUACAGAGAGCCUUGUUCUGGUACAAGAAGUCAUUGGAUGCACGGCGUCCGUUAGGAAAGAUAACUCCACAAAUUCUAGUGAUACCUUUAAAUAACAUAGCUAUGCUGUCUUACAGACUGUCCAACGACAGAGACUCCCUGAGAGAAAGUGAGAGGUACCUCAUUGAGGCCUUGACUAUCCUGGAAGAAACCAACUGGCAUUUCGGAGACAAAGCGUUAACACUGAAUCAUCUUGCUGAAGUCAAUACGAAGAAAAAGGAUUAUCUCAAAGCGUUUCACUUCAACUUAAAGUCAUUGAAAGUUUUAGAAGAAAAGCUGCCACACAAUGAGUUCAGACUUAAAGUUCUCAUAGACCUGGCACAUUUAAGGGUCGUUCUGGAAAUGCACAGAAAACAUCUGGAGAGCAUAGAACCGGAGUUCAGCGAAAUGGAUCUUUUCAAAUCGGCUGAAGAGUAUUUACAGCAAGUUUUGGAUUUUGGGAAAUCAAAAUGUGGAGACAGCUUCGAUUUUCACUCCAACUAUCUUUUAGCCUGCGUGCAUGGAAUGGUGCUGCAUGCUGGGUACUCCAAGGAUGGUUUUGAGAAGUACAGGUCCUGUUUCCUGAAGCACAGAGAGUCCGUGGAGAAACAAUCCCAUAUCAAGGAAGAGGUCAAGAAAUUGAUCCUCUCAAAAUAUGACUCGGUGGAUAGUUACGUAACAGAAACUGUGACUGAAAAUAUAGAGCCUGGAAUGCUUCAUACUUGUGUCACCAAGAUUUGUGCGUACUGUCAAAAGUUACUCAAGGACAUACCCAGCUAUGGGUUGAUUAAAUCUUUACAACGAACUGACAGUAACGAUAAAAAGACAACAUUAAAUAAAGAGUUGUCUGCUAAUGAAGGACAACUUGACCUUACUGUAUGCAACAAGUCUGAACCUGGUGACAGCACACAGGAGGCUGUCGGCGGCACUAUUAGCGACACGGUGUGCAACCAAUCGGAAACUGAAAGUGUCUUUGUCCAUGUGCAUCAAGAAUCUGUAGAAGAAGAAGUGUGUGUUACAGUUUGUAACAUGUCCGUAACAGAUGACGAAGGUCCAGUAACUAGUGUGCGCGUGUCAUGUUUGAUUUCUUUCGGUGUGACAUCAGUCGUGAACCCAUCCAUUAGUGAAACAAGCGAUGUGACUAGUGAGACGGAAAGUCUCACCCGUUCGGUGCUCAAUGUCUCCAAGUCAGAGGAAGAUGAAUGAACAAACAUUUCACAAUCGAACGAUUGAGAUACAUGAACAUAAAUCAGAGCGUGGAAUAUGGGUUGUUACUUAGACAGAAUCUUGGUUUAUAUGGCCACAACUUGUGUUGAUGUACUGUGUGCCAAAUGUCUGAGAAAAAUAACGUUUGUUUUUUUUUUUUAUGUUUAAGAAAAAUGUAUAUCUUCUGUUUUUUUUUAAUAAUAACAUUCACCCUAUAUAUUGAUUUGAACUAUGCUCCUGAUUUCAAUAGAUAGUAGAAUUUCUGUAAAGGCACUAUGCCUUUCAAGCUUAAAAAAUAAUAAGGCUUGUCUUCGGGUCCGAAUAUUAAUGAAGAAUUAUUUCCCGUAGCUACGCAGCCCCAGCUGUGACCUACAUAUUUCGCCACAUCCAUGACAAGCAUUAUAAAAAUGCACAAAAUAAUGUGAAUACAUAUAAAAUAAUGUCAUAAUUGUGAAGAUAGAAAUAAAGCAGUUGUUAAGACAUCUCUCUUUAUAAUGUAUAUGUUAUUAAAUAUAAUAAUUUAUAAUUUGAAAUGUGAUGACCACCCCCAACCCCCUUUAAAGGGUCAGGACCUGUGCAGUUGGACAGUCUACAAUAAUGUCGCAUAUCCGGACUGGGUACAACUACCCUUAACGUACUCUCCUAUAGGUCCGUGAGGAUUAUCCAUGAAGAGUGGAAAUAAAAUAUUAUUGAGAAGAUGGGUUAGAAAUACUGCAUUGAAUUAUUGAAACGGAGUCUGCUUUUCUUAGCGUGCAUCACUUCUGUUGCUUCGAGUGUUUGGCAUAGUUAAUACUAUUUGAAUAUUGUUUCAACGUACAUAUGGUGAAAUAGUUUAAGUACGAUUACUAUACACGAUAGACUUAUAUAUCUAUUGAUCUGGUAUUGUCUUUAUGAAGUUAUUAAUUUGCUUUCAAAAAGGAAAUCUUGUAACGUUUGUAGUUCUUACACUAUAUUACAGAUGUUACUUCAAAAAAGAAUAUAUUUACGUCCUAAGCAUUGUCAUAAUGGGUUUAGGGCAAACCUGCAACCAUCCCCUGCAUGUUUGAACUAACUAGGACGUCGUAAGAAUCGUGACCACGGAUAGACCUAGUCUCACUCACAAGUCCUCUGUCUCUUCAUGCUAUGAAAAACAAAGCUUGGUCAUAGUUACAGAAAGAAUAAAUGCCACCAGAAAGUUGUACAAUAAUUCUUU